AUGGUCAAGAAGAAGGUAGACGCGCGCGUGCGCACGCUGAUCGAAAACUGCGUCAAGACGAACCACCGGUCAUUCUUUGUGCUUGUUGGCGAUCAUGGGAAAGACCAGGUCGUGAACCUCCACUACAUCCUGAGCAAGACGGUCGUGAAGGCGCGGCCGAAAGUCCUGUGGUGUUACAAGAAGGAACUCGGGUUCUCCACGCACAAGCAAAAACGCAUGAAGCAAAUCAAAAAGCAAAUGUCCCGCGGGCUGUACGACGCCAACCAGGACGACCCGUUCGAGCUCUUCAUCUCGUCCACGGACAUUCGGUGGUGCUACUACAAGGAAACCCAAAAAAUCCUCGGGCAAACGUUCGGCAUGUGUGUGUUGCAAGACUUUGAAGCCGUCACACCCAAUAUUUUGGCGCGCACGAUUGAAACCGUUGAAGGCGGGGGGGUUGUCGUUCUGCUCCUGCGCACGAUGACGUCGCUCAAGAAGCUAUAUACGAUGACGAUGGAUGUCCAUGCGCGGUUCCGAACGGAAGCGCAUCAGGACGUUGUCGCGCGCUUCAAUGAGCGCUUUAUCCUUUCCUUGAGCUCGUGCGACAAGUGCCUCGUCCUGGACGACGAACUAAACGUGCUGCCUAUCUCCAAGCACGCCCGCAACAUCGAAGCGUUGCCACCCGUCGAGAACGAUGUUACCCCAGCGCAGCAAGAGCUCCUCGACUUGAAGGAAUCCCUCAAGGACACGCAGCCAGUGGGUGCGCUCGUGGCCGAGUCGCGCACGAUGGACCAGGCGAAGGCAGUUCUCACGUUUGUGGAAGCAAUUGCAGAGAAGACACUGCGGUCGACCGUCGCACUGACGGCUGGGCGCGGGCGCGGCAAGUCAGCCGCCCUCGGCAUGGCGUUGGCCGCGGCGGUUGCGUACGGCUACAGCAACAUUUUCGUCACCGCGCCGUCACCGGAAAACUUGGGCACGGUGUUUGACUUUGUGUUCAAGGGGCUGGACGCCCUCAAAUACAAGGAGCACUUGGACUACGAAAUUAUUCAAAGUACCAACCCCGAGUUCAACCACGCUGUCGUGCGAGUCAACAUCUUCCGCGAGCAUCGUCAGACAAUCCAGUACAUCCAGCCGACGCACCAUGAAAAGCUAGCCCAGGCCGAACUUCUGGCAAUUGAUGAGGCUGCUGCAAUCCCUCUACCGGUGGUGAAACAGCUCUUGGGACCGUACUUGGUCUUCAUGUCUUCGACGAUCAACGGGUAUGAAGGAACGGGUCGAUCACUGUCGCUCAAGUUGAUCCAAAAGUUGCGCGAACAGCAGGGAUCUGCCGCGGCAGCCGCGCGGCAAGCGGCCUCUGCCAUCCACGGUGACAACAAGACUCGAAAGGGCGAGCGCAAGCUCCACGAAGAGCGUUGGCAGGCGGCGAGCUCGGCUGCGCAUGCUCAGCUCGGUGGACAGGGCGGUGGAGGUGGCCGUGUCCUCCGCGAAAUCAACUUGGACAUCCCGAUCCGUUAUGCCUCGGACGAUUCCGUUGAAAAGUGGCUCAACGACUUGCUGUGCUUGACGUGCUCGACCCCUCGCAUUGUCGGCGGCACUCCCCACCCCCGCGACUGCGAGCUGUACUACGUCGACCGCGACUCGCUCUUUUCUUACCACAAGUUGUCUGAGAGUUUUUUGCAACGCCUGAUGGCGCUGUAUGUCGCAUCGCAUUACAAGAACCAACCGAACGACCUUCAAUUGCUCAGCGACGCCCCAGCCCAUCACAUUUUUGUGCUCCUUGGACCGCAAGCCGAAGGCCAAGGCAACGCCGGCCAGCUGCCAGAUGUGCUAUGCGUCGUUCAAGUGGCUCUCGAAGGCGAAAUUUCGAAAGAAUCUGUCCAAGCCCAGCUCUCUCGUGGCCAACGCGCGAGCGGGGACUUGAUUCCGUGGACCGUUGCUCAGCAAUUCCAAGACAACGAAUUCGCAACGUUGUCUGGUGCGCGUGUCGUUCGCAUUGCGACCCAUCCCGAUGCCACUGGUACGUGA